AUGGGAUGCGCCUCGUCCGCCGAGGAGCGCGCUGCGAUCGCGCGCAGCAAGCAGAUCGAGAAGAACCUUAAGGAGGAUGGCAUCCAGGCUGCCAAAGAUAUUAAGCUGCUACUCCUUGCGCAUUGCUCUUGUUCUAUUUCGUGUGUGAAUAUGCUUUCACGCAUGUGUGAGCGAGCCCGAACGAAGAUUUCCGAACGCACCCGAACGUCAGUCGAGCGGGGCGCGGUCGCUGUCACGGAGCGAACGGAGUUGGGUGGCUCCGGUCGCGCCGGAGCGGCAGGACGCGUGUGGAGCGUAUGCAGAGAGAGCGGUGAGAGCGCGCCCGACUCAGGGGUCGGGGCGGCCGGCGGCCAUAAAACAGGGACAGCUGCCGACAUGGGGUGCGCCCAGUCGGCCGAAGAGCGAGCGGCGGCUGCUCGCAGCCGUGAGAUCGAGAGGAACCUGAAAGUUGAUGGAAUCCAGGCUUCCAAAGAUAUCAAGUUGCUGUUAUUAGGCCGUCAGGAGAAUGAGAGAAAGAAGUUUCACCAGUAUGCUGCCCAAGAAGUCUAUCGUUUUCUUCUGACUGCUAUUAACACUUCUGGCAAGCAUUCAUUAGUAUUCCAGUCCUGUAAAAAAAAAUUAAAGAUCGGAAUUAUCCACGAGAGUGGAUUCACAAAUGAAGACUUCAAACAAUACCGACCAGUGGUUUACAGCAACACGAUUCAGUCGCUCGUCGCCAUAUUGCGCGCUAUGCCCAAUCUGGGUAUCACCUAUGGCAAUAGGGAUCGAGAGAGCGAUGGCAAGAUGGUAUUUGACGUGAUCCAGCGGAUGGAGGACACGGAACCGUUCAGCGAGGAGUUGCUGGCGGCAAUGAAAAGACUUUGGGCCGACUCCGGUGUCCAGGAGUGUUUUGGCCGCUCUAAUGAGUACCAACUCAAUGACUCCGCCAAAUAG